UUUUUCGUCCCCCAUUUCGUCCACGAGCGGCGUUGUGCCGUAAAAAAUCUAGAGAGAAAACACAUGUUCUCUCGCUUUGGCACACAGGAAAAAUUCACAAUAGCUUCGGUUUCUUCACCAUUAACAUGAGAGGGAAAGAGCUUAUACACCCCGACCGUACCCGAAAGGUAUACCCAACAGUCAAAAGCCGAAGAUUUUAUAUUGACCUUAUGCUUUUUCUAUCAGUCUCUCGCUCUAAUUUGAGCGAUUUACCCUGAUGAGUGUCCACAAGCCUCCUCGUAUGGUUGUUGUUGUUGGAGAUGGAACCCGAAACCCCUUCGUGCGCUCUCGAAAUCAGACGAAGAGCAGAAUCGAGUUUUUUUUGCUUGGCUGAAGUGAACGAGAGAAACAGCGAUGAUAAAAAGUGUGCUAUGAAAAAAAUCAACUCAUCCUAACGAGCACGCGCCAACGUUAUAGUCAUGAGAAUGUAUGUCUGAGGUAGGUAUAUUUUCGAUUGUAGUGGUGCUACGUUUCUGCUGUCAAACUUUUUUGUCAUUCUGUGUGGUUUCCAAGUGCCAAGUACAAGUGUUCAUCAAGUGUGUUAGAAAAGUGUGUUUUAAGUGCCAAAAUGUCGCAGAAUUGCAGCCAAAAUGGGCAUUGUUAUGCAAAGUGCCGUAAGCUGAUGGACGAGAUUGAGCUCUCUAACCAAGAAGCUCUGUAAGAGGCAAACGAUUGGUUUGUCCCGCUGCCAAACAUGGCCGGUUCUAGGUGUUUCAUCAACCUCAUCUAUUGUAAAACAAUUUGAAGUACUCGCCGGGCAAUUUGGACAGGAGCACCGGUUCUGUGGUGCAACUCUAUUGAGGAUGUUGCUGACGGUAGCUGGAGCGGUGCUUCAACCGGAUGAGAAUCGUGUAUGGCCUCAAUACACGGAUCAAUCGAGGAUAUUUCGACAGUGGCCAAUGGAGAUGGUUGACGUUCAGAAACGCAGGGUGCAAUCUCCGUGCGGUUGCUUUCCACAGAAGCUGUUAUAGAAACGCCAUCGAAAAAGGCUAGCGGAGGAGCCUCACGGACGUCAACGCUAGAAACUGUCUCCGUGGGAUGUUUUUCCACAGCUCUCUGCCGAUUUUCAGCUACGUCAAUUGUUAACGGAGAUGGUUCACGGACGUUAAUGUUGGACACCGGUACCAUGCAGAUUAUUAACAGUUUGUGAUGUUAAUAAAAAUAAAAAAGGCCAACACAGAUGGCUCACGGGUGACAACGCUGGGCACGUCAUGCAUGUUACGCUUUUGCAAAACAGAUUUCUGUGAAACAUCGCCAAAAAAGUCGUCUUCAAUCUCGCUUCCGUUCAAACCCUCGAGCGUUUUGGAAUUACAUAAACUCUAUGAGAAACAAUAAUGGCCUCCCUACUAGUAUGUCACUUGGUGAUGUGCUUGCUACGUGCCCGAAUGAAAUUCGUUCGCUUUUUGCUGAUCAUUUCUCGAGUGUCUAUGAAAAUGGUUUAAAUAACUCUGCAAGCUUUGAGGCCAGUCUUUCAUUCACCCCUCUCAAUGUCCUGAAUGUUGAAUUUGUUUCUGUAAGCACUGCUUCUGUUUUACGUGCGUUAGGUAACCUUAAACCAUCCUCAGUGCCGGGUCCCGAUGGUACUCCUGCUGCUUUACUCUUUCACUGUCGUGAAGCACUAGCCCUUCCUGUUUCUUUCCUUUUUAAUCUUUCUUUGUCCACGGCUACUUUUCCGGAUAUUUGGAAACAAGCAUGGAUAAGGCCAGUUUUUAAAAAGGGUGAUCGUGGUUGCGUCUCUAAUUAUCGUGGCAUAUCUAUUUUAUCGGCGUUCAGCAAAGUCUUUGAAUCUGUUAUUCGUUUACCUCUAAUGGAAAUGGUGAAAUCGUGAAUCAUUCCAAAUCAACAUGGCAUUAUGGCUGGCCGCUCCACCACUACUAAUCUUAUGGAAUUUGUUUCCUCAGCACUCUUAAAUCUGGACUCUGGCAUGCAGGUUGAUGCUGUGUAUACCGAUUUCAAAGCUGCGUUUGAUAAAAUCCCCCAUUCUCUGCUCAUUGCUAAAUUCAAGAAACUUGGCUUCUCUCCUUUCUUUUUUGAAUGGCUACAAUCAUUUCUAUCGAAUCGUUUUUGCUGUGUUAAAUUGAAUGACGGUUUUUCUUAUGAGUUUCAUUGUUCGUCGGGUGUACCCCAGGGUAGUGUCUUGAGUCCUUUACUUUUUAUUUUAUUUGUCAAUGAUGUGUGCUCUGUUCUUCCAUCCGAUUCCUUCCUUAUGUUUGCAGAUGAUUUAAAAAUAUGUUGUCCUAUCACUGACUCUAAUUCUUGUGUCUCUCCUCAAUGUCUGUUAGACUCCUUCUCCUUUUGGUGUUCUGCUAACUUUCUCUCCCUAUGUAUGGAUAAAUGUGCUUGUAUAUCUUUCUCUCGGAGCUUAAACGUGUUUUCUCAUAAUUAUUCACUAAACUCUGUUGUAUUAAAUCGUGUUAAUGUCAUUCGUGAUCUUGGGGUUCACCUUGAUGCAAAGCUGUCAUUCAAUCAUCAUAUUGAGCGUACCAUUAACCAUGCCAAUAGUGUACUAGGAAUGAUUUGUGCUAUGGCAAAUGAUGUGCGUGACCCUAUAUGCCUCAAAGCCCUUUUCUGUAGCUUAGUCCGCCCUAUUUUAGAAUAUGCUAGCAUUGUGUGGUGCCCAGUCAGCUCGGUAUGGAUUGAAAGAGUUGAAAGUGUUCAACGCAGAUUCACCCGUAUUGCCAUUAGGCGUCUUUUAGGGCAAUCGGGUGCUUCUCUUCCCCCUUAUGAAGUCCGAUGCCGUAUGCUUGGAUUGAUGACACUGCAUGAUCGUCGCUCUGCUUCUCAAGCUUUGCUUAUCAGAGGUUUGCUUCGGAACGAGAUUGAUUGUCCUUCACUUCUUAACAGAAUACCGCUGUACGCGCCUGCUCGCUUUCUUCGACGCCGCGAUUUCCUUCAAAUCCCGUCGCGAAGAACGCUGUAUGGCACCUAUUACAAACGUGUAAUGCCCUUUAUCUCUGUCUGCUGCAUGGGCCUAUGUCGACUCCAACUGACGUUUACAAAGUUAACCACGAGGCGCGCGAAAGGGAACGAUCGAAGACGACGGCGGCCAUCGCGAAUUGUAAUAUUAUAAAUAGAGGCGAGAGAUGCGCUCUCGUCCUUUUUUCCUGCUACCGCGAAUAAAGACACGUUCUUUAUAGUUCGUUAAAACAAAGUUUUUAUAAAACGUGUCUAGUCUAUUCAAUGCGAUUAGGAAAGAAGUUGCAUUUGCAACAUUCUAUAAAGAACGUGUAAUACUGCGUAUUAGGUGAACUUCUACCGCGUUCGAACUCUAGUUGUCCUUAACAAUAAAAACUAUCACACGUGAAAAUCAUUCUACUAGGUCGCCGGUGUGUAUUGUUGUGUAAGUCUCGGGAGUGAACCGCGAGUUCGCUAGUAAAACGCAAAGUGUUCAUCCGGAGCGUAACGUAAAUCGGUGCGAGAAGUGACGCGAAUUUAGAAGUGAUAAGUUAAAAUGUUAAGCAACAGCCCUGAAACAGAAGCCUCCUGCGAACAGCUCGCUGAACACGAGCAGCAAGCUGGACCCACGAUAAGAUCGAGCGCACGGAGUGGCGGGGCGAAGGACGCAACGUCUGGGAUGGUCGUUCAGCAGCACGAGCAACAAGCGGCGCCGUCGACGAGCUCGAUUGUGCGAAACACCGAGGCGAAGGACGCAACGCCAGGAAAGGUGAGAGUAUCUUCGACCAUCCAUUCAUGAAAUAUCAGGGGCUCACACCAUGCACAAUUUAUCUUUGCCCGUGCAAUCGGUUUCUUCCAAGCAGCUCAUGGAAAGAUAUAAGCACCUCCGUGGGGUGCCCUUUAGUACGUAUUAUAAUCAGGCACCACGAAUACUCAUCGGAACCGAUAACAGUAACCUAGGAAAGCCGAUAAAGACCAAGGAAGGGAAAAAUGAUGAACCGAUCGCAUUAAAAACUCGACUUGGUUGGACGAUUUAUGGACGAUGUCCGAUUGCCUCUUCAUCCGCUAAUAGUGAUACACACUGCUUCCACAUAUGCGAAUGUGAAGAAACUGGCAACGAAGCCCUAACUGAUGCUGUGAAAAGGUACUUCGCCCUCGAGUCGUUAGGGAUUUUCAAUCAAUCUCAAACGCUAAUGUCCACAGAUGAUACCAGGGCCAUUCAGAUACUGACAAGGGAGACUCACCUGAAGUCCGGUAGGUUUGAAACCGGGUUGUUAUGGAAAUACGAUGAUGUUCGAUUACCUUGUAAUAAAGACAUGGCAUUGCGGCGCAACGAAUGUUUAAGGAAGAAAAUGCGAAGGGAUCCUGCAUUAGCCAAAGCUAUCAUAGAAAAAAUGAGAGAUUACGAGAGGAAGGGAUACAUUCGACGCGUAGAAAAGGAAGAGUUGGUUGAACGAAAAUCACGCGAUUGGUAUCUGCCUAUAUUUCCGGUAAUAAAUCAAAACAAGCCGGGAAACCUUCGAAUGGUUUUUGACGCGGCCGCAAAAGUUCAUGGGGUGAGCCUUAAUACCUUUCUUCUCUCAGGACCGGAUCAACUAGCAGAACUAAUGAGCGUUCUUCAUAAAUUUCGAGAGUUUCGCGUAGCCGUGGCUGGUGACAUCCGCGAAAUGUUUUUUCAAAUCAACAUGAAGAAGGAAGAUCAGCGCAGCCAGCUGAUCUUCUGGGAUGAAAAAGAGACAUAUAAUGCUGAGCCGACAACGUACGCCGUGACUGUUAUGACAUUUGGUGCAACGUGCUCACCAGGUACAGCUCACUUCGUCAAGAAUAAUAACGCCGAAAGGUUUGCUGAACAGUUCCCGCGUGCCAUCCAUUGUAUCAAAUACGAGCACUAUGUGGACGAUAUGCUCGCCAGCGCAGAAACGAGCGAAGAAGCGGCGCAGCUUGCUGAGACAGUGCGGCACAUCCAUGCGGAAGGAGGAUUUGAAAUACGCAACUGGGUGUCAAAUUCUAAUGAAGUGUUGGAGCGGCUACGAUGGGGAGUCAGCCAGGAGGAUGGUCGAGGUGUGGUCAUGGACUCGUCGGCGGAAAAAGUAUUAGGUAUGUGGUGGGAGACUACAACGGAUUCCUUUAUUUUUCGCCUGAAUUUAAAACACGAUAAAGGUCUUCUAUCUGGUACGCGAAUGCCAACGAAGCGGGAAGUACUGCGCACAUUGAUGCUUGUAUACGAUCCAUUGGGUCUUGUUGGAAAUUUUCUAAUGUUUAUGAAGAUUCUGCUUCAGGAAAUCUGGCGUGCAGGCUACAGCUGGGACCAACAGAUCGAUCGGGACUGUGCGGAGAAAUGGCUUAAAUGGAUUAGCGCUUUACCAUCACUUCAGUCCGUCCGGAUUCCACGUUGCUACCGUGUAAAAACAUCCGCCGCGGUGCGAAAUGUACAGUUGCACAUCUUCUGUGAUGCCAGUGAAAAUGGGAUGGCAGCAGUAGCAUACUUUCGUUUCGAAGAGGACAACACAAUUGAAUGCUCGCUAAUAGGGUCGAAAACGCGCGUGAGCCCGUUGAAGUUCUUGUCGAUACCGCGACUAGAGCUACAAGCAACAGUGAUCGGGGUUCGACUAGCGACGAGCAUUGUAAAAUAUCAUCGAAUGAAGAUCACGCGGAGGAUUUUCUGGACAGAUUCUAGAAACGUAAUGAGCUGGCUGAAAUCUGAUCAUCGCAGAUAUGGUCCGUUUGUCGCGUUCCGGGUCAGCGAGCUCCUAGAGUCGACAGUGGUAAAGGAGUGGAGGUGGCUUCCUACUAAGGCAAACGUCGCAGACGAAUGAACCAAGUGGCAGAGGAUCCCUGAUAUGAAUCCGUCGAGCAGAUGGUUUCGAGGGCCCAGUUUUUUAUGGAGUCCCGAGGAUGAAUGGCCCGUUGACAACCAUAUCUCUAGCGAUACACCGGAGGAACUACGCCGUAACGUACUCCAUCAUUCCGUGACUGAUCCACUAAUCACGUUUGAUAGAUUUUCCAGAUGGACGAGGCUUGAAAGAUCGAUAGGCUACGUGGUCCGGUUCGUUAACAAUGCUCGACAUCGGCUGACCGAAACGCCAGUAACCCGAGGACCGCUGACACAGGAGGAACUCUUGGCAUCCGAUCGCAUUAUAUUUGCUCAAGUUCAGCUGGAAGCGUUCCCAGAGGAAGUAAAGUUGCUGAAGCAGCAAGCAAGGGAAGAAAGAGAAGUGAACAGAGCACUACAGAAAAGCAGCGCCCUUUACAAAUUGUCGCCGGAGCUGGACGAUUGUGGGUUAAUAAGGAUGCGAGGACGUCUGGAUAUCUGCUCAAUAGCUAGUGAACCGUUGAGAAAGCUGGUGAUCCUGCCACGCCGACAUCACGUUACCGGGCUGAUCCUUCUGGCAUAUCACGUGAAAUAUCGUCACUGCAACCAUCGUACCUGUAAACGUAGCUGUAAACGAGCUUCGAGCGAGGUACUACAUACCACGAGUCUUGGCCGAGUAUAUCCGAAUACGGCAUUCUUGUCAGUACUGUAAAAAUGCGAAUGCAGCACCGAAACCACCAAUGAUGGGUAGUAUACCGAGAUGCCGAACGGCGGUUGGACAAUGUGCAUUUACUUAUACUGGGCUGGACUAUUUCGGACCGAUGUUAGUGGUCGUGGGACGUAGAACAGAAAAACGAUGGGGAGUUAUCUUUACGUGCCUCACAACCCGGGCAAUCCACUUGGAACUGGCGCAUUCUCUCAAUACGACAUCGUGCAUCUUGGCCAUACGUCGCUUCGUGGCACGGCGCGGGCCUCCGAGAGAAAUCAUAAGCGACCGUGGGACAAACUUCAUCGGAGCGUCAAGGGAACUGAAGGAGGCAGUAUCAGAGGUAAACGAAGAUGAAUUAAUUUGUGAGUUCUCUACUUCAACUUUUAGAUGGACGUUUAACCCCCCUGCAGCACCCCACUUUGGUGGAUGCUGGGAGCGCCUGGUACGAUCUGUGAAGCAAAUCUUGUGCAAGUUCAACCUGCCACGACUCCCAUCGGAUGAAGUGCUGCAGUCUACCUUAGCCGAAGUGGAGAUGAUUAUAAACUCGCGGCCGCUAACAUAUGUACCACUAAACGAUGAGAUGGACAUGCCUAUAACGCCUAAUCACCUUCUAUUAGGCAGCUCCGACGGUACCAAGCGCUCUGUCCCGUUUGAUGAUUCACCAGCGGCGGUAUCAGCAACGUGGAAAACAACGCAGCGGAACGCUGACAUCUUCUGGAAGAGGUGGGUCGCGGAUUACAUGCCCACACUCACCCGCCGCUCGAAAUGGUUCCAGUCGGUACGGCCCAUCAAAGAAGGAGAUGUCGUGAUCAUCGUGGACGCAAACCUGCCCCGCAAUACCUGGCCAAAGGGGCGCGUGCUAGCAGUAGUGCGAUCUGGAGAUGGACAGGUCAGACGAGCCACGGUGCAAACAGCGAACGGAAUUUUAGAGCGACCAGCUACAAAACUCGCAGUGCUGGACGUGAAACCCAUGGAAGACGAAGAAAGUGGCAAGGUUCCCGAUGUUACUAAGGAUUGUGAGGGAUAGGAGCCCUGGGGCACCAAUCAGCGAUACGGGUUUUAAAGUGAUAACGAGCGGUUUUCACUGAUGGGGAGAAUAUUACAAACGUGUAAUGGCCCUUUAUCUCUGUCUGCUGCAUGGGCCUAUGUCGACUCCAACUGACGUUUACGAAGUUAACCACGAGGCGCGCGAAAGGGAACGAUCGAAGACGACGGCGGCCAUCGCGAAUUGUAAUAUUAUAAAUAGAGGCGAGAGAUGCGCUCUCGUCCUUUUUUCCUGCUACCGCGAAUAAAGACACGUUCUUUAUAGUUCGUUAAAACAAA